AUAAUUAUGGAUAUAAUUAAAAACUGCUUUAAGAAAUGUGUGUAUGCUUUCAAUAGUAGCAAAUUUAUCAAUAAUGAAGAGGAAUGUAUAAAAGAGUGCGUAGAGUAAUACAAAAAAAGAAUUAAUUUAAUCGAAGAUGCAAAACAAUAGAAAUGAG